AUGCCUCCGAAGUGUUUAACUCUAUUUGAGAAAGCGAAUAUAUUAGACGAACACAAAAAAGGUCUAAGUGUAACUGCUUUGUCUGUGAAAUAUGGCGUAGCAAAAUCAACGAUUUGUUCCAUAAAGAAGAAGGCUGAAAAAAUAAAGGACUCUGUCAAUAAAACCUUGAAACCUAGCAAGAAGCGAACGUUGAGAAGACCGGAAAAUCCAAAAAUGGAAAGAAAAUUAUACAAAUGGUUCCUAAAUCAGAGGAAACAUAAUGUUCCUGUCACAGGAGAUAUGAUUAAACACAUGGCAUCAAAAUUACAUGAAGAAUUUAAAGAAACCAAUAAUUUCAAUGCCAGUGAUGGUUGGCUACAGCGAUUUAAAAUUCGACAUGGCGUUAGAUUUUUAAAAAUUACUGGCGAAAAGCUAUCAUCGCAGCCAGAAUUAGUCGAUCCUUUCAAGCAGAAGCUGAAGAAUUUAAUUCAAGAACAUCACCUAAGUAACCAUCAAAUAUACAAUGCAGAUGAAACAGGCCUUUUUUGGAAACUUCUCCCUGACAAAACAUUUGUUGCCCUUUCUGAAAAAGCAGCUCCUGGAUUGAAGAUGGCUAAGCAACGUAUUACUUUAUUGGGGUAA